GAAGAAAGUAGCCCUGCUAAUCCUUCCUGCUGAACACUAAACACACUGUGCUACUAACAUGGACUAAACAGGGGAGGUGAAGCUCUGUCAGCGUCACUGGGACCAAUGUUCACGGUCAGGUGCAUUUUGGAAACAUCUGCAAAGUAUUUGACCUCUCUCCCAGCUCAGAGACAACUGAUCAAGCUCCAAAACAGGAUGUCGACCUUACCUCGCCCGGUGGCUGCAGUGUGUCAGGUGACAGCCACUGCGGACAAAAAGGCUAACUUCUCCACCUGUAAACAGCUGGUGGAGGAGGCCAAAGAGCGAGGGGCCAGCAUGGUCUUCCUCCCCGAGGGCUUCGACUAUAUCGGAUCCAGCCGAGAGGAGACGCUGUCGCUGUCUGAGAGGCUGACAGGAGAGACAAUCUCACAAUAUACUCAGCUGGCCAGGAAGUUGGAAGUGUGGCUGUCUCUUGGAGGAUUUCAUGAACAAGGACAAAACUGGGAGUCUGACAGACGAAUCUACAACAGUCACAUCAUAAUUAACGAUAAAGGUGACAUUAUUUCAGUCUACAGGAAGUCCCAUUUAUUUGAUGUGGAGCUGCCAGAAAAAGGAGUAUCGCUCAAAGAAAGUGCCUUCACCAUCCCUGGACCCUACCUCUUGUCUCCAGUCCAAACUCCCAUCGGCAAGGUUGGCCUGGGCAUCUGCUAUGAUCUGAGAUUCCCCGAGUUAUCGUUGGCUCUGCAAAGGCAAGGCGCUGAUAUUCUUACCUACCCAUCAGCCUUCACUGUAGCCACAGGAGCUGCUCAUUGGGAGAUCUUACUCCGAGCACGAGCGAUAGAGACUCAGUGUUACGUCCUGGCGGCGGCGCAGGUUGGUCAGCACCACGAGAAGCGCUCGUCGUACGGCCACGCCCUCGCCGUGGACCCCUGGGGUGAGGUGCUGGGCGACUGUGGAGGGGAGAAGCCAGGGGUGGUGCUGGUGGAGAUCGACCUGGAGAAGGUCAGCAGCACCAGGAAAAACAUGCCGGUCCAACAGCACCGCAGAGACACAGCCUUUUAUCAAAUUCUGAAAUGACAAAGCUGACAGAAAUUCAGUUUUAAUACAAGAAACAAAAUAAACAGGAUGAUUUCUUCCAUUUUA